UUCAGUGUCAAGGUCUCUUUCGGAUCUUUCUCUCUGCGGCGGUUUGCAAGUGGAAGGUGUCUGACUGUAACCGUUUCGGACCCCAACCGUACCGUUGGACAUCAGAAUGCCAGUGAUGCGAAUGAUCCGUUUCCACUAAGUGCCACAGAGUUCCCAAAAGUGCCUGAACUUGACUUUGGAAGUGACUUUAUUCGUAGUGGUCUGUUGGUUUUGUUUUGCACCUGACUAGUGAUUUGCAGUUACUUGUGAAGUUGUUAUUGAAGUGAUCUUAAGGACCAGACAGGAAUGUACACUAUACCAUUGGAUAUUGAAUCUUAACGCCACUGUUAGCGGAUUUGCAGAAAAAAAUAAACUACCAACUGUGCAAGUUAUCCGGAGUGCGAGUGCUGUUUCGAUCCAAAUUGGGUUUCUCUGAAUGCAAUUUUGUCGAACAUCUCGCCGGCGAUUUAUUCGGGCAGCUGGUGUCGAUACCCGACCAGGCUAUCAACAUACAAGAGGCAAGAGCAGCGUCUCCGACAGCGUGGCAUAGUGAAAUUAAGCGAGUUUUUUUUGUCGAGAAUACCCAGUGAACCUGGCGUGUCCGUAAGUGAGUAAGAGCUUUCGGUUCAAGCAUCGGGGAAAAAGUGAAAUUUCGGUUGGCUUUCGUUUGCCACCUUGCCGCCCAGAAGAAGUCCGAUGAUAAUGAUGUUAGUCAAACAUUGAGUGUCUGUUGGCAGGCGAGAGCUAAGUGACGAAGAGUGAGUGUGGUAUUUUUGUGUUCGUCCAAGAGUCUCAGCAUUCAGUCGGUGACGCAGCAGCAGCAGCAGUGUUGAACUCUGUGCUCUAUAGUGACUAUGGUGAUGGUUUAGUGCAGUGGCGGUUUUUCCUUCCCGGAACUUAUUCGUGUGCCGUGUGAACCGCCUUGGUUGGCUCAGUGAAGAAAGUGUCCGAUAGCAGCAAGAGAAGUGUUUUUUUAUUUGUGAAGCGCGUGGCGCGGAAGUUUCUACACUGAAGAACCCGUUCAUAAUGAUAACGAUUUGUACUAACGGUAGUAGCAGUAAUCACAGUACCAUCUCGCAGUAUCCCGUCAGGGCAAGCAGUAAUAAUCUCCAUCAUUAGCCCGAAGGUUUAUGCCGAGCUCCGGCUUCAAACACAUCAACAUCAACAACUUCCGUGCUAGAAAAGAAAAUAUAUCGAUUUCCUGUCGCCACGGUUCUGUUUGAAGGCACCAAUUCGAGGGAAACGAAACAGAUAAAAAUAGGUCUCCGUUGACGGUUUCGAUCUCUUUCACUCGAUCUUUCCCUACUGGUUGAUAAAUCGGGAUCGACGCCACCUGUCCGCCAGUCCCCUUCUAAGAUCUGACGCUAACAAAAAAAGUGGAACACAGUCAGGCCCAGUUCGAACGCAUCCGGUGGCUAUCAUCGCAGAUCUAACGGGUCCAGUAGAGCGUAUCGAAGAAUUGGUCGAAGAAACACGACGGACAAAUCUUGACACGCGUUGCGUACUCUUCAUCCACACCGGGACCGGUGCAUGCUGGCGAAAUCCAAGCUGGCGACUUAAAAAAUUUCGAGUUCGAGUUCAAGUGCUGCCAUCGUCAUUUGUUGAAGAGCCAUCAAAGCACAGUCAAAGACGAAGAACUGUCAAGAUGUCCAGUAAGCCGCGCCGAGGGACAGUCCGAUGGAGCCAUCAACGUUGCACCACCUCCCGUACCACCAACGCCCUACUUCUAACCUCCCUCACAGUAUUUCUGAGCAAUUUGCUCAGCACAGCCCACGGGAACCCGAUGCAUCCUUUUUCCUCGGCGUUGGCGAUCGGUCGAAAUCUGCGUCACCUGCCGUGCGUGGUGCGAAGUACCGGAGACGAAGGAAUCUGCAUGUUUGCCAUCGACUGCUUCAAGGCGAACGGCACCCAUCUGGGCGUUUGUAUUGAUAAAAUUUUCUUCGGUUCCUGCUGCCAGGUUCGCGAUGAGAGCUUACUGUUCAACCAUGAAAUAACGGACAACAGUAUAGAUCAUAAUCACAGUUCCGGCUUGCACUUUCAGCAUAUCACACAUUCGUUGGUGGAUACCAAUAAGAAACCACCACUCACUGAGACCCGAUUGCCGACGACGACAGUGACGCCACAGAAUGCAACGAAGUACGUACCUAGCAGUACUUCAUCCACUACCACGCUUCGAACGACUACGAAGUUCGUGCGAAGAAAUGUGACUUCUCCGACUACCACCGUAAAGGCUGAAGUGAAAGAUGAUGUACCUUCCGAUUACCAAGAGUUCUCAACGUUUCAGUACGUUCAAGGCAGUAAAAAUCCUGAACUAACUACAACUGGAGCCAUUCGUCGUACGACGACAAAACCAGUUACUAAGCCCACAACACGAAAACCUCCGCCCAGAACUACUAUAAGUCCGAAUAAAACGCGGAAACCUGUACCAAGCCGGAACAACACAAGAGCUCCCGUAACUCCAAUGACUACUCCGAAAACUGUUGUUACAACUUUAACAGAAGCCAAGAAGAAUGUCUCUUCUUACACAACUGUAACCAGGCGACCUGUAACACCUUCCGAAACAACCACACAUUCUUCAAGAAGACCAACCACUGCAAGCUCUACUACUGUGCGAAGAACAACCACUCUUCCGAAGAGACCGGUGACGAUGGCAGUGUCAUCAGAAGAAACAUCUUUCCACAGUUUCACAAGACGACCAACGACUCAACCAACAAUAAUACCAAUGACUAGGCCUGUCCACCGACGGCGGCCAACCACAACCCCAACAGAGGAACCGGAAACCACUAGAGCACCAAGACCAAGACCAAGACCUACUCCGGAAAUUGCUACCGUUCCGGCUACGGCCCUGGAUCACUUACUCGAUGAUUUAAUAACUACAACACUUCGUGAAGGCACCUCCGCUGAAAGUUCUAACGUUAAAACUACUAGUAGUAGUAGAUAUCCAAUCACGACUGUGAAAAUAACUGAGGCAACAACUCCAACACCAACGCCUACGACCACGACGACAACAACAACUCGAAAAUCGACGAUACCAUCCACUACCACGGCUGAAUUAACUUCACCUGCUAAAGCGACGACAACGACUACACAGACUACAACCACGCGAACAACUACCCCAACAACCACUUCGACUACGACAACCACAGAAAAACCAACAACCACUACAACUGUUAAAUCCACUGUCCCGACUACAACUACUACUAGUACUAGUACUACCGCUCCUACUACUGCAACUACUACAACGACAACUACAUCUGUCCCAGAAACAACCGCUACUAACAUUAAAACGACUACAUCUUCUACACCAACUACCCCUAAAACAACCACUACUACUGUCGGCAAAACGACUACAACAAGCCCCAAAACCACAACGUCUGGACGCAUUACUCCUCCGGCAGACAUCGAUUAUCCACCUGAAACUUCACAACUUCACAACCUUCUAGACGAAACUACGGCUGGGUCCGGUUUGGUAACUUGGUCCAGCAUUGUCGAUUAUGUUUCCAGCGAAAAACAACCACCGGAGCAAGCACCGGCAGGUCCUACUACUUCAAACAGUUGGAUACUGAUUCAUACACUAACCCCCGAAGAAGUGCUCAGCACCAACGGGAACCAAACUAACAACCAUAGUUCGACUACUCAAUUCGGGUCGACCAGUACGCUGAUAGAUCAGGCACUGCCAUCACUUCCGCAAAAUAUUGCGCUGCCUGCGCUCGAAUCGCUACUGCCCGAAGCCGCCUACAUUUACACCAUUCAUGAUGAAACUAACCAAACCACGACCGACGAGUUCAUCUCUCAUUCACCACUCGCUUCAUCAUCGUCAUCCACAGAAGACACUCUGGGCUCCUUCUCCACCAUUACCAAAGAACCCAGCAUCAGUAUAGCUACUAGUACUGCUCCAGCAACGACUAUCGCUGUCAACAAUACAUCUUCCGAAGAGAUCGAGAAAAUCGACAAUAGUACUACUAGUUUCGGCACCAGUCCAGACAUAACUCCAGCUACAGAAGAUAUCACAUCAACCAUGACUCCAGAGCCAACCACCAUACCAACGACAACGACGACCGUAGCAACAACUACGACGACUACGACCGUUUCGUCCACUAGGGAGCCAACUACUUCAAGUACCACGGCUACUGAUCUCACGAGUAGCAAUACGGAUACUGACGAUACUGCCAUGCUACUGACCGGAAUUCUUACACAGCUUCAAUCCGGUUCUGCGACACAAUCAAGCACAUUUCUCACCACCAUAACCACAGAACAGGACACCUCACCGGCUGCCACUACCAAUACUCCGGCGAUACUGAUUGAAAUCUUAGGCCCGUCAACUCCUGCGCCGAAGGAACCAUCUUCGACACAACCGGCCACAUCGCCGACUUCCACCGUGGAAGAACUGAUCACUGAAACCACCGAAGAAGGAAGCACCGAAGAAGGCAGCGGAAGCGAGGAAGAAUCAAGUGAGGAAGAAACUUUCAGUUCGGGAAGUUACGAAACAACAUCGGAACCGACCAGUCCCACACCAGUCCUACUGUCGGAGUUGGACAAAUGGGGUAACACAACGCUUAUCUCGUCACUCGGAACAACCGAAAGCUCAAGCAGCUCGGAGAGUAGUACCGUCAUCACCAGUUCAACAACCCUCAACAUCACCAGCUCACUACAAUCGAUAGCAUCCAUGUUCAACAUCUCCACCAGCACCGGAAUGCCGGUCCGGUUUCCCAUAGACAAUAGCACCGGAACCUCCAGUCCCGCCGCCACCGACGGUGUCACGAUAUCGCCCGACUUCAUUACCACCUCGACCGUACCAUCGCUGGAGGGCAUCGACUAUCGUGCCGUGUGCGGUAAGCGGAUGUUCCCGGAGCCUCGGAUAGUCGGUGGAACGAAGGCAUCCUUUGGGCGGUGGCCUUGGCAAAUAUCGUUGCGACAGUGGCGUACCUCAACCUACCUGCACAAAUGUGGUGCCGCACUGCUCAAUGAGAACUGGGCCAUCACAGCGGCUCACUGUGUGGAUAAUGUGCCUCCGUCGGACCUGCUGCUGCGGCUAGGCGAAUACGAUUUGGCACUGGAAGAGGAACCCUACGGCUACCAAGAGCGACGGGUGCAGAUUGUGGCAUCUCAUCCACAGUUCGACCCCCGGACAUUUGAAUAUGAUCUUGCUCUGUUGAGGUUUUAUGAACCGGUGAUAUUCCAGCCAAAUAUCAUUCCCGUUUGUGUCCCGGAUGGGGAUGAAAACUUUAUUGGCCGGACCGCAUUCGUAACCGGAUGGGGACGACUGUAUGAAGACGGUCCACUGCCCAGCGUGCUACAGGAAGUAACAGUGCCCGUGAUCGAAAACAAAAUCUGCGAAACCAUGUACCGGAGUGCAGGUUACAUUGAACACAUUCCGCAUAUCUUUAUCUGCGCAGGAUGGAAAAAAGGUGGCUAUGAUUCGUGUGAAGGUGACUCCGGCGGUCCGAUGGUAAUUCAACGACCGGACAAACGCUUCCUGCUGGCUGGUGUCAUUUCCUGGGGUAUUGGCUGCGCGGAAGCUAAUCAACCGGGUGUCUACACACGGAUAUCGGAGUUCCGGGAUUGGAUCAAUCAGAUUCUGCAGUUUUGAAAACCCGACGAGACGCACCGCCCACUGGCAACAGCGCCAGGAUCUACGUACAAGCUCCUAGGACAACGAAAUGCAUUCCCUGGUCUCGUCCUUCGAAGAUGGAAGAAUCUGGCCAGAGUGUGGCACUUGAGUCGUUCGUGAGGGGGUGGGGGGAAAUUUUCAAGCAAAGUCGAAGACUUUCGCUGAGUUGUUGAUUUGUUUUAAUCUGGCCUGAGUGUCACUCGAAGUAACACAUUGAUCUGUCGAUGGAAUCGACGACUGAAGGGUGCUAGUUUUUAAACCAGUUAGACGCUCAUUCAUCCUGGGUGUGAAUACUAAUAUUUCAUCGAUAGAUCGAUACCGACAUGUGAGAGGGAGAGAAAAAGGGAACCGAGAUAAGAGGUGAGAUAACUAUCGAAUGCAUAUCAUUUUUAUUUAAGAUGGAAAGGAAAACCGCUCAAAGCACGCACCAGUGUUCGUAAAAAAACAAGCUUCGGUUGCAUCGGAUGGUACUCAUUGUGAAUUUCUAGAAGUAAGCGGACAUUUUAGAACAUCGAUAUUCACCAGCAUUUGUGAAUGUGAAAACAUAAGCGUUUAGUGGGAAUUUUAUGUCGUAAUAUAAGGCAGUCUUCUCUAAGUUGUGAUAAAUAGUUUCGGGUGAAUGCGACAGGGAUCUUUAUAUAUCCGCUAUGAAUGGCUGAAUGAAUCCUAGCAAUAAACAAAUUGUCACUUCGAUAGUUUUAGAACUAAUGGAAUUAUUUAUUUAUUUAUAUUCAUGCUCUAAAUUAACGUUAACAUCAUUUAGCAUUUCAUCUUAACUAGAAACUAGCCCAAAAUUAGGUGUUUUACAUUCUGCGGACCAAAGACGCUUACAGAGGAAAGCGAGGUCUGGAUUGAUUAUACUAUGUGCCGACUGCGAGCGGGAAUCGAGCGUACUAUUUUAUACACAAAAAAACGAGAACAAGAGUUUUACUGCGAUGCGUGAAUGGUUUCAACGAAAGGGAAUUGUUUGUAAAUAUGUAUUUGUUAAGGACUGAAAUGAAAGAACAUAAUAAAAUUUUUGUACAAUAUUCACAAGAAUAAA